CUCAGCUGGCAAAACAAGAUUUGGUGGUUGUGCUGUGCUGUGGUUCAGUCUGCAACUCAUAACUUGGAAAGCAAGUUAAGUCAAUAGUAGUAGUGCAGGUGUAACUUCCCAGAAUUUGCUGAUUGCAUAUCUUUGAGAAAUGGCUUUCAACUUUUCCACGUAAUUAAAUCUAAUAGACAGUUAAAAAUUGGGUAAAGAUGGAGAUUUCUGAGUGGCAAAAAUAAAUCUAUUGCCAACACUUCCAUCACAGUGGUUUUGAUGGAAGACUUGGAGGUAAUUCACAGACAUUGCUCCCUGUUAACCUUGUUGCCUGCCUGCCACAAGCUGACACCACUGGCUUGAGGAAUUGCUGUUACAGAGAUUACUUUAAUACAUGCAUGUGUAAUAAUCACAGAAAUAUUGUUGGUUUGGGUUUGGGGUUUUUUUGGCAGUUGUCCCGUGUUUUGGGUUUUUUAGCUAGUUUAUAGUGUAAAAAUAUGUACAUAAGACAGAAAUAAAUUUUCAUUUUUCAGAAAGCAAGUACACAUUGAGACAAUUCAGCAGCUAUGAUAAAAGGCAAGAAGAAAGAUGCCAAGAAGAAAGAUGCCAAGAAAGAUGGUAAGAAGGCAGCUGGUGAGAAGUCAGAAGAAUCUCCAGGUGCUACAGUUGAGAGUAGCUCAUCAGCACUGCUAGAGUUGCAGAAUGAGCCAGUGACUGAAGAAACUCAGGCAAUUCCAGAGGAACCAGAUAAAGAGCCAAGUAUAGAGGAACCACCAGUCCAGCCUUUUCCCCCAAUCCAUGAGGAGUCUCUUCUUGCUCAAGUGAUUAUAAAAAGCUAUGAAGGUGAACAAGUGGAUGGAGUCUAUGAGGGCGAAGGAUUUAUAUGUUUUGAGUCAGGAAAUACUUACAAGGGUCAGUUUUCUGAAGGGCGUAUGCAUGGAGAAGGGACUUACACAUGGGCUGAUGGAGUAAAAUAUGAGGGAACAUUUACUAAGAACGUGCCGAUGCACAAGGGCCGCUAUACAUGGAAUGAUGGCAGUGUUUAUGAAGGAUCAAUCCACAAUGGUCUGAGGCACGGAUAUGGAGUUUUCAGGAGCGGCACUCAUCCAGUUUCUUACACUGGUUAUUGGUGCAAUGGCAAAAGACAUGGAAAGGGUUUCAUUUCUUAUGAUCAGGAACAGACCUCCUGGUAUUCUGGUGAUUGGGUAAAUAAUGUCAGAGAAGGAUGGGGAUUGAGAUGCUACAGAUCUGGAAAUACCUAUCGAGGUCAGUGGAAGAAAAAUCUACGACAUGGAUAUGGAAAAAUGAAAUGGCUGACAGAUAAUCAAGAGUAUGUAGGGCAGUGGGAGUGUGGCAUACAGCAUGGUUUUGGCAUCCACACAUGGAUUUUGACGAGAACAGAAAUGUCUCAGUAUUCUCUAUGGAAUGAAUACAAGGGUGAAUUUGUGAAAGGGGAGCGCCAUGGACAUGGGCUGUUUAUUUAUGCUGAUGGAUCAAUUUACAGUGGAGAAUGGGUGCAUAAUAAGAGGCAUGGCAAGGGCAUCUUUGUCCUCAAGAAUGGUCAAGCUUUAGAAGGAGAGUUUGUGAAUGAUCAUCCAGAGAAACGUCCUGCUCCUUAUCAAGAGUUUGCUGCGAAAGACAAAAAGUGUUCUGGCAACAAAUUAAAAGGGACCCUAACCAUUAAUGACUUGGGAGAGAUUUCUGUUCUGGGAUCAGAUACUGAUCUUGAUUUAUCUGCACUGCUCGACUUUUUGCCGAGGGAAGACAGAGCAGAAGAAGUAAAACAAGUAGAAUUGGCUGUGUUGAGGCAUAUUUCAAAACUGAGAGAAACCUACUACUUCUACAGUAACUUAGGCUGCAGUUCUUCUAUUGAUGGCACUUACAUCCUGCUUAGGCUGCAGUUUUGGAGGUUUCUGAAGGACUGCGAGUUUCAUUUCUCCAAAACUCUCGCUGAAAUGGAUCGGCUGUUGGGAGGUGAUAAACCAUUUAAGAAUAUACACUGUCCAGUGGAUGUAGUCCUGUUCAGAACAUUUGUAUCCAACCUUGUUCACCUGGCAUUUCAUAUCUAUCAUGAAGAGCUCAAAGAUGAAGUUCCUCAUCUGGAGAGGUGUUUCUCAGAAAUGAUGUCCAGGAAUGUUCUGCCCUCUGCCUGUUGUGUCCAAGGUAUUUUAUAUUCUGGUGAAGAAUUCGCAUCUUUUGCCCAGAGCUACAUUGAAAAAUGCUGGGAAGUAUACAGAGAUUUUUGUAGACCAUGUCCCAAACCUCCAUUUGAACCCACAAUGACGCUGAGGCAGUUCCUCUGGAUGUUGGAUGAUUUGAAACUUCUCAAUGAACAAUUAACUGCUUCAAGAGUUCUGGGAAUAUUUGUCAAAAUUGGUGCCUCUCUACCUGGAAUCCAUGGUGUCAACCUGGAUCUGGAGAUGGUUUUUCUGGAAUUUUUUGAAGCUCUUCUUGAAUGUGCAUUGGUGUAUGUUACUGAGGAUAUGAUCCUGAAGCAAGAAGCUAAAGAUAAUCAGAAAACAAGUAGCUCUGAAGUCAAGGUCUCUGAGGAAACCUCAGCUAUGUCUGUCACAGAACAUUCUGCACUCCAGCCUCCAAGACUUGGUGAAGACACAGAGCCUGCUCGUCAGCCUUCUCUGCUGGAAACUCUUCUGUCAUUUUCCAUAACUCCUGAAGAAAGCAAAGAUGAUGUGCCAUUGCCCAGCAAGGAUGUGAAAGAAGAACAAGAUUCCUGUCCAGAAAAUGAAUUGAUAGGUGAAGCAGAAGAAGAGGAAGAAAAGGAGCUAUUUAGUCUCUGGAUACGUCAAGUGGAAAUCUUUUUCACAACUAAGCUCUUCCCUGCUUUUGAGCAUGAAAUAGUGCUGAGGGAUAAAAGACAAGAAAUUAAAAAGCAGGAUGCUGAAUUAGCUGGGCUGAGAGUCAUCCAGGCUGAGGAGUUGAAAAGACUUAUUGCCGAAAAAGAAGCAGAAGAGGAGGCAAAAAAGCAAGAAGCAGCUGCAGAAAAAAAUGUUGUGAGAGAGCACUCUCUUGGAGAGGUCUCUAGCUGAAGAGGUCUCCAAAAGAGAACCCUCACCAAAGAAAAGAGACCCAGAAGUCAGCACAAAACCUGAGAAGGCAGCACCCACAGGUAGCAAGGCAUCUGCUGACAAAAAAACAGAAAAAAAAAAAAAAUCCUCUGCUGGCAACUGCUGAAGCUUCAAGCAAGUACUUUUUAAAUAAAGAAAAAAAGACCCAAACCAAACCAACCCCAGAAGACUCACACCUGUAGGAAGCUGUAAGAAUGGUUCAACUGUAUGCACAAGCAUUGUUGGUUUCAGAGGGAACAGUCUUUUACUGGGUUUUGGGUAAACUAACAGGAAUUUACAUAGUACAAAUGAACACAGAUGCUCCUAAAGUGUAACAAUUAUUAGUUUUAUUUUUCAGCAAAAUAUUCACAUAACAUAUCAGAAUGGAAUGGUACAGAUGAAUUCAGACUGGCUUUUAAUUAGUUUGCACAUAAACAUUUUUAAAAUUUAAAAAUUUUAUGGUCAGAGUUUACAGAUUUUAGUAGAAAUUUUGAUUCUUACAAAGCAAGUAUUGCUUUACUAUUGUCAUUAUUCCAGUCAAUAAUAUGACUAAUAACUUCUUAUGUUGAACAAGUGCCUGACAUUGACAUCUUCAAUAAAUCAGCCCUUUGCAGAUCAAUCCAAGAAGAAAAUAUUAUUAAACUGUGUUGCACAAAGUUUCUUCACUUCUUCUGUUU